CUUCUAUUGUCAAAUUCAAAGUCCUCCUCUUUAUUUUCGUCCUUAUUAUUUAUACCUUGAUAUUGACUCAAUAUUAUAUAUAUACACAUUUCUUACUUAUAUAAACUCUCCUAAGAUUCACCAAAAAAAACUCCCCUAAACCCUUCAUUACUCGUUAGUACUAUUUCUUAUAACUGAUUGUGUUCUUUAAUUUCUCUUUGCUGUUUUUCUAACAUUUUCUUGUAGUUACGCAACUUCGAAAACUAUGAAGAACAUUUCGAAGAACAAGUUCUUAACAUGUUUUCGUCCAGCCGUUGAUUUUGAUUCCAUGCUUGAGUCUGAAAGUGUCAUUAAUCCUUCUAUUAAUCGUCGUAAACAUGAGAGACAAAAUUCAACCACCAAUUCGAUGUUUUUGGACCAAAAUUGUUCGAAAUUGAUACAAGAUCAGGUUGUUGGUCAUCCUCCAAAACAAACACUUGCUAAGGUGAUUAAAGCUGUGGUAUUUCAAACCAUAUUGAAUACAAUUCACAAGAAAAAUCGUUAUAGCCAAAGUUGUUUUGGAUCAAAGCGUAGUUAUUCCUUACAUACAAGAAGUUCAUCUUUCAAGAAAAAUAAAGAAGAAAUCAAAGAAAGUGAAUCGUCUUUGUCAAGUUCAUCGUCUUCAUGCUCGCCGGUAUUUGAAUUAAAAAAUUUAUCCAAGUCUAAUGAAAGUGAAUUAGGGAAGCAAAAAAAGUUCCAAUGGCUAGGAAUAUACAUGAUGAUUCUCAUAAGCUUAGUGGUUACAAUCUUUUGGGGUAAAACUAAUGUCAUUAUUUUGACAUCAAUGUUUUUCUGUUGUUUCUCUCUUUGGAAUGCAAGCUCUCACUUGCUAAAAAGGGUUUGUUAGUUGUCCAACACAAAAUCCAAAGCCCAAAAGAGUAGACAUUGGCAGCAAUAUAAUUUUUUUAGAGGUCUCUGCAAUAACAUCACAAUCGCAAUUGUGUCUGCAUUUUACACCAACAUUAAAAUUCACGGCAUAAUUGCAAUUGCGAUCGCAAUCACAAUUUAGAAUCAUCAAGACUAGUUCAAAGGAAUGCUGCUAAGAAUAAAGGUUUCUUUGGCACAACCGGAAAGGGAACAAGUUCCAUAAAUUGGAUUUCGGCAUCGAAAAUCCGUAUUCCAACAUUCUAGACAUCGGUGACAGUCGGACGGUCCAAAAAAAUGUAAAUGUAAGUUUAUAUUUUUAUUUUGUAAUAUAAAAUACUGAGUUUGAUUUCAAACUGUUUAAUCUUGACCAACCGACGACCAAUGUUCUGAAUGUGCGAAUGUUUGAAAUCUCGACUGCAUAGGAGCUAGAUCACAAGUUUCUUGUGUUGUUAUUUUUUUUUCCCUCAUUUAGGAGGUAGUUGAGAUUGGAGGAAAACUGAAACAUCUGCUCAAGUUUAAAUUUUCCUGCUCUUUUCUCUGUUUGGCACUGUUACUUUUAUCUAAAAAUGCAAGUUA